AUGUCGUUGAAGGCAAAGUUCGAUUGUUUGUCCACGGGCCUUGAGAUCGAUGUAGGGCCUCGUGGGAACCCCAACGUCAAGUGGACGUCUUCCUCGUCUAGAGACAGGCUGCUUCAAAGCAAUGUAACCGCAUCUUCUCCACUCCAACUGCGUGUCUCGCCUGGCAUUGUGGAGAUAGACAACGGCAUUGUUAAGCUCAGUCUGCUAAAUCCGUCGGGCCAGAUCGCCGGCGUGUCGUAUAACGGCAUCGCCAACAUCCUCGAACCUGAGUUUAAAGAUUCACAAAGAGGGUAUUGGGAUAUAGGGUGGGAUGCGCCAGGGAUAGGCAAAAAUGUUAUCGACCCGCUGGCAUGUACGGAAUUCAAGAUUAUAGCACAAACAAAUGAUCAAAUUGAAGUUUCUUUCACCAUGAAAUGGAACCCCUCGGUCGGCCGAAAUGUCGUCCCUCUCAACAUAGACAAGAGGUAUAUAGUGCUGCGUGGAAGCUCUGGCUUCUACGCAUAUGCAAUAUUCGAGCAUUUGGCAGGAUGGCCUGCUCUUAACAUCGACCGAGCAAGACUCGCGUUCAAGCUCGACAAGAAAAGAUUUCGUUACAUGGCGAUCUCGGAUGAGAGGCAGAGGAUUAUGCCUACAGAAGAUGACAGGAAAUUUGGGAAGGUUCUUGCUUAUAAGGAAGCAGUUUUACUAACAAAUCCAAGCAACCCUUCAUUGAAAGGAGAGGUGGACGACAAGUAUCAGUACUCGUGCGACAACAAAGAUAGUCAUGUGCACGGGUGGAUUAGCUCUGGUCCCCAUGUGGGAUUCUGGGUCAUAACACCGAGUGACGAGUUCCGUGCUGGAGGUCCCCUCAAACCGGAUCUUACUUCUCAUGUUGGCCCGACUUCCUUAUCUAUAUUCUUUAGCGACCACUAUGCUGGCCCGAGCUUUGGAGUGUUCUUACAAAACAAGGAGCCAUGGAAAAAAGUGUACGGCCCUAUUUUCAUAUAUCUUAAUUCAGAUGCGGCAACUCAACCGACUACUCUAUGGCAAGAUGCGAAGAGACAGGCGGCAAAUGAGAUCGCGAAAUGGCCAUAUGAAUUCCCAUUAUCACCGGAAUUUCCUCACUCCAAGGAACGAGGCUCGGUCCGUGGAAGGCUCUUGGUGCAUGAUGGCGGUCCCGCAAAGCCAGCAAGAUCAGCAUAUGUUGUCUUGGCCCGUCCCGGGGCUGCGGGAUCAUGGCAGGAUAAUUAUAAGGGCUAUCAAUUCUGGACAAAGGCCGGUCAAGAUGGGAGCUUCACAAUAACAGGUGUUCGAGCAGGCAUUUAUAACUUGUACGCUUCGGUUCCAGGGAUCAUCGGAGACUUCAAACACAACGUUUAUAUUAUAAUCAAACCAGGUAGUGUGAUUCAAAUAGGUGAUCUUGUGUACAAUGCUCCAAGAAACGGACCGACUUUGUGGGAAAUCGGGAUCCCUGAUCGAACCGGAUCAGAGUUCUACGUCCCUGAUCCCGCCCCCGGUCUCAUCAACAAGCUAUACCUCAAAUCCACACAAAAGUUCAGACAGUAUGGCUUAUGGGAGAGAUACACAGAUUUGUACCCCAAAAAUGAUCUAAUCUACACGGUUGGUGCCAGUAAUUACGCAAGAGAUUGGUUCUUCGCCCAUGUCACUAGGAAAACUGCCAACAAUGUCUACGUACCAACGACGUGGCAAAUCAAGUUCUACCUGAAAACCGUGAGCAGAGGAAGUUACACAUUGAGGAUUGCACUUGCGGCUGCGCACAAUGCUCAACUACAAGUGUGGAUCAACGAGGCGAAUGCAGGUGUUAAGCCUCAUUUCACGACGGGGAGGAUAGGGAGGGAGAAUGCAAUAGCAAGGCAUGGGAUUCACGCGAGAUAUUGGCUCUUCAGUGUGAACGUGCCGGGAUCACAGCUUGUGACGAACCGAAUCAACACAAUAUAUAUCAAACAAGUCAAUGCUGGAACUCCUUUUCCGGGUGUUAUCUACGAUUAUAUCCGCUUGGAAGCGCCAUCUACUUGA